UUUUUUCCUAGAAAGUUUCCACUCCCCAUUACACCCUUUUCCCCAACUAGCUAGGGUUUCUUUCUUUCUUCCACUGUAAAGCAAACCCCUUUUUCUUUUCUUCUUCUUCUUCUUUUUUAUUGCCUUUUUUUUUAUCUUCUCUCUUUCUUUGUACAGUCAUUUUUUGUGGUAAUAAUGAUGAGGAAGCUCUGUAUCUUUGAGUGCUUCAUUCUCUGUUCUUUUCUCUUUGCUGUUCUUGUUUCCUCCAAGUUCCAUGGAAACCCAGCAAAUGAUCUUGUGGAUAUCAUCAACAGAAACCGAACUGCUGCGAAGCUGUCUCACCUUAGUGAUAGUGCGGGUCUCGGGUGCAUGGCGCUGCAAUUCAUAAACUUCUGCAAAGGGAACUGUACUAGUAAUAACACGGUAAACUGCAAUCCAUCGUCCGACAACUUCACAGAGAUCUUCGCUCCAGAUUGCGGUGUCGAGCUGCCAACUUUUGACACAAUAACUGGCCAAAUUGUGGCUUGUCAACUUGAAUAUCUCGAGCCAACAGAGGCCUUCUCUCGAGCACUCGUUCCUGACAAGAAAACUCUUUCAUUGCUGAAGAACAAAUCACACACAGAAGUAGGGGUGGGAUUGGUUGGGGUCCAUAAAGGUCCAUUCUUCUGGUGUGUUUUGUUUAGUAGUGGGAAGACAAAUUCAACAUUUGUUCUUGAAAAUCAUGGUUUGGGUAUCAAACAAAAGAGAGGAUGCUUCAGUGGAAGUAGUGUUGAAUGCAGUAGAGGUCACUCCGAUGGAGCUUUUUGGAACAAUUUUUCCUUUAUUCUUUAUUCUGUUCUGUUUUAUCAUCUCUUGUAAGAUUUGUUGUUCUUCACUUAUGGUGAUGUGAAAGUAGAGAAAUUGACGAUUAAAAAUUUUGUCUAUACUGAAUUACAGGAAGAGUUAAGAGCCAAUUUGAAAGAGUAUUGAAUUUUUUUUCUUUAA